CUGGGCAAGUACACGGGGACCCCUAUUUCUUUUAACUUAGACCCCCAAGUUGCCCCUAUCCGUCUAAAGGCUAGGAGGGUCCCGUUCGCCCUAAAGCCCAGGAUUGACAAGGAACUGGACAAACUAGUAAACCAAGGAAUUCUAGUGCCAGUUGACCAUGCUAAGUGGGAGACCCCUAUAGUCACCCCAGUCAAACCGGACGGGUCGGUCCGGAUUUGCGCUGACUAUAAGGCAACGCUUAACAAAGCGCUGCAAAAGAGUGCUUACCCCGUCCCGGUGGUACAGCACUUACUGCACUCAAUGGGGCAAGGGCAGGUUUUUGCCAAACUAGAUUUGACCCAAGCCUAUCAACAACUGCCGGUAGAUAGCAGCACAGCCGAAGCGCAGACAAUUGUGACUCACAGAGGGGCGUUUAAGUGUACCCGGUUACAGUUUGGGGUUAGUGUGGCUCCAGGGGUAUUUCAGAACCUAAUGGAGCGGCUACUGCAGGGACUACCAGGGGUGGUACCAUACUUUGACGAUGUACUGGUAUCCGCUGAGAAUCUAGAGGAAUUAGGGGUAAGGCUGCGAAAAGUUUUGGGCAUUUUCCGGUCUGCCGGUCUCAAAGUUAAACUGAACAAAUGCCAGAUCGGGGUUGAAUCUGUGGAAUUCCUGGGCUACCGGAUAGACAGGGAGGGGAUUCACCCCACUGAAAGCAAGGUACGGGCCAUCAGGAAGGCCCCGGUUCCAAAGAACAAAACGGAGUUGCAGGCAUUCUUAGGUCUGGUCAAUUUCUACGCGGUAUUUUUGAAAAAUAAGGCAACAGUAGCCGAGCCGCUUCAUAAAUUACUAGCAAAGACAGCUGCAUGGUCUUGGGGAAAGGCGGAAGCUAGGGCAUUCCAAGGGGUAAAGAAUCUCCUAUCGAGUGAUAGCCUCCUUAUCCAAUACAAUGGCACGCUGCCAUUAGUGUUAAGCUGCGAUGCAUCUCCCUAUGGGGUGGGGGCUGUGCUCAGCCACAGGGUGCCAAAUGGCACAGAAGCCCCUAUUGCAUAUUACUCCCGAACCAUGUCAUCAGCUGAAAGGAAUUAUAGCCAGCUUGAUAAGGAAGCCUUGGCUAUAGUCUCCGGGGUAAAGAAAUUCCACGAAUAUGUAUUUGGUCGUGAUUUCAAGAUCAUCACCGACCAUAGACCUUUGCUACUGCUAUGGGGGGAUCGAGUGGUGAUCCCAGAGCAAUUGAGGGAAAAGGUAUUGGAGCUCCUUCACGAAGGCCACCCAGGGAUCGUGAGAAUGAAGGGUCUAGCGAGAAGCUAUGUGUGGUGGCCCUUAAUGGAUAUGGAAAUUGCUGAAAGGGUAGGGAAAUGCCAGGCCUGCCAGGAGUCCAGACCGCUACCCCCAACGGCCCCGAUUCGGGAAUGGGAGAGACCCCAGGGCCCUUGGUCUAGGAUCCAUAUCGAUUUUGCCGGCCCCUUCCACGGCCAAACCUUUCUGGUAGUAGUCGAUGCCUACUCCAAAUGGCUGGAAAUCAUUCUCAUGAGAUCCAUGACAGCUGAGGCCGUGAUUUCAGUCCUACGGCACCUAUUUGUAACCCACGGGUUGCCCGACACUUUAGUCUCCGAUAACAGCCCGCAAUUCACAGCAACCCAGUUUGAGGGGUACUUGGCAGAGGAGGGCAUCCGGCAUGUCCUCUCGGCGCCUUUCCACCCUGCGACGAACGGCCUUGCAGAACGUUUCGUUCGGAGCGCAAAAGAAGCAUUGUCCAGAAUCAGGCCAGGCGAUUGGCAAACAAAAAUCGAUACAUUCCUGGCAGUCCAACACAGAACCCCCUGUGUAACAACUGGCCGCAGCCCGGCAGAGUUAUUAAUGGGUCGGAAACUGAGGUGCCCACUCGACCGUUUAAAC